UAUGUGUAACUUCCUUAUGGUAACAAUCUUUACAAUCAUACCAAAAGUAUGUAACAAAGCUUAUUUGGCCGACAUGCCAUGAUUUAUACAACAUAGGUAGAUCCCUAUCAUACAAACAAACUCCACAUUAAUACAUUGGAAAACCAAGAAAAAGUAUCAGUUUUUUUCUUGAUUUUUAAUCAUCUGGGCUAGUGGUCUUUUGUAAAUUCUUGAGGGGUUGAAGGGUGUGGGAAGCCAUGGCGUACCAAAGAGUCGAGCGAGUGGGUUACAUGAGUCUUGAUGAAGAUAUGGCAGAUUCAAUGGAUGAAUUUGAAGAGGUCUUCUACAACGAGGAUACAAACCUUGACGACUAUGAGAUGGUAACAGAAGGGACUGAUACGUCCGCUGCACAAGCAAGGAAAGGCAAAGAUAUACAAGGUAUCCCAUGGGAGAGAUUGAAUAUAACCAGGCAAAGCUACAGAUUGACAAGGCUCGAACAGUACAGGAAUUAUGAGAACAUACCUUUGUCGGGAGAAGCUGUAGAUAAGGAAUGUAAACAGGUGAUGAAGGGUGGCAACUACUAUGACUUCUUUUACAAUACAAGAUUGGUGAAGCCUACCAUACUUCAUUUUCAGCUGAGGAACUUGGUUUGGGCUACUUCAAAACAUGAUGUGUAUCUUAUAUCGAACUACUCACUUAUGCACUGGUCCUCCAUUUCCAACAACUUAACCGAAGUCCUCGAUUUCUCUGGCCAUAUAGCACCGUCAGAGAAACAUGCUGGAAGUUUAUUAGAAGGUCUAACUCAAACACAGAUCAGCACAAUGGCAGUGAAGAAUCGCGUUGUUGUCGCAGGGGGCUUCCAAGGGGAACUCGUUUGUAAGUGUUUGGAUAAGCCAGGUAUAAGCUUCUGCACGAGGACCACUUAUGAGGAUAAUGCUAUUACAAAUGCUGUCGAGAUAUAUGAUAGCUUGAGCGGUGGGCUUCAUUUUAUGGCUGCCAAUAAUGAUUGCGGUGUGAGAGAAUAUGACAUGGAGAAAUUUCAGCUUAUGAACUACUUCCGGUUCCCUUGGCCAGUGAACCAUACUUCAAUGAGCCCAGAUAGCAAGAUUCUUACUGUUGUUGGAGAUGAUCUCACUGGCUUACUUGUUGAUUCCUGCAAUGGAAAGACGGUUGGCUCGAUUGUUGGUCAUCUAGACUACUCUUUCGCGUCUGCAUGGCACCCUGAUGGCCGUACCUUUGCGACUGGGAAUCAAGAUAAAACCUGCCGAAUUUGGGACAUGAGAAACCUGUCAUCACCUACAGCAGUGCUGAAGGGGAACAUGGGCGCUGUCCGAUCCAUUCGCUACUCAGCAGAUGGGCGGUUCUUGGUAGUGGCUGAACCCGCAGAUUUUGUCCACAUUUACAACGCUGAAGGAGAGUACAAGAAGCGUCAAGAAAUCGACAUGUUUGGUGAGAUAUCCGGGGUAUCUCUUAGUCCAGAUGAUGAGUCUCUUUAUAUCGGAAUCUGGGAUCGAACAUAUGCAAGCUUGCUGCAAUACAACAGAAGGCAUUCUUCCAAGUAUGUUGAUUUGUUCACAUAAUACCCUCCUCUACUGAUGGUUUUUUCUCCACUCGCGCGCCGAUGUACCUAGGCAUUUAGGUUUCCUCAUAGUUGUGAUGAAAUGAUGAAUUCUGGUUUUUGUUCAUGUUGAACUCUAGGAACUUGGCUCAGUUUUUUGGUCCUAUUAUACCAUGUACAGUGUCCUCAAGUAUACAGAACCUUAUUUCUCUAUAAACAGCCAUUCGCUAUUACGACA